AUGAGGGUAACUUGGCUGGCCUUCGCGGCAGUUGCCGCAGCACGAGUUGCCCUCAUCGGGUCGAAUGGAUUUAUUCAGGGCCAUGAGGCAUCGAAAAAUCCGGGGGUCACAGAAUGGCUAGGGGUUCCGUACGCGCAACCGCCAGUCGACCAAUUGCGAUUCGCACCGCCCCAGCCCUACACGCCCAAUGGCGCUCACGUCGCGUCAGAAUAUGGGAAAGACUGCAUGUACUCUGUUUCGAAGCUGGUCGACUAUCCCGACAAAACUCCGCAAUUUGAUAGCAUCUUUGAGGCUUUCGGGGCUAUUAACAACCACACUCAAAGUGAAGAUUGUUUGACUCUGAAUGUUUGGUCAAAGUCAGACUCAAAUCAGCUCAAGCCGGUCUAUGUCAAUUUUUACGGUGGUAGAUGGACAAGUGGCACGACGAAUACACCUUUUUAUUAUGGAGGCAGAUUUGCUGAUGCAGAGGAUAUUGUCGUUGUGACGGUCAACUACCGUAUGAAUAUCUUCGGGUUUCCGGGCCUGCCUGGAACCCCGCCUAACCUUGGUCUGCUGGAUCAGCGUUUGGCUGUUGAAUGGCUGAAGCGAAAUAUCCGCGGGUUCGGAGGCGAUCCAGACCGCAUUACUAUAUCUGGCCAGUCCUGCGGAAGUGCUUCGGUUGAUUAUUGGGCAUAUGCCUACCAGUCCGAACCCUUAGUUGCCGGUCUUAUUUCGCAUUCUGGCACAGCCAUCAGCUUCCCAACAAAUAAUAGGACAACCGCAGCAAAGCAUUGGUAUACUGUGUCUGACCAAUUAGGCUGCGGGUCUUCGGGGGAUGUCCUGCCGUGUAUGAGAAAACAGAAUGCGAGCGCUAUUCUCGCCGCUGCUAGUGCAGUGAAGGUCUCAAACACAAAUCCUGCGAGAAAAUCCCCGGCUUUUCAACCCACUGUGGACAACGUAACGGUGUUUGGAAAUUACAGUCUUCUUUCAGAGCAAGGGAAAUUUGCUCGUAUACCCUAUUUAGUCGGCCACAACGCCAACGAAGCGGGAUUCUACAAGAUUUCAAGCUACGCCCAGGGGUCGAAGUUGACAGACCAGCAGUGGGACGACUUCAAUAUGCAGACAUUCUUCUGUCCAUCUAAUCUCGAAGCAGCACACCGAAGCCGGCAUCAUACACCAGUUUGGCGAUUCCAAUACAAUGCGGAUUGGGAGAAUACCCGCCUUUACCCCACUAGUGGGGCAUAUCAUGGCGUCGAGUUUAACAUGCUUUUUGGAGAAUCUGCUGAGAUUAGUGGGAUUGCUGAGUCUGAUGCGCAGCGUCGGCUGCAGGUUGAGAUGCGUUCCGCGUGGGGUUCAUUCAUCACUAAUCCCCAAGGCGGGUUAAAAGCCCUGGGAUGGGCAAGUUAUAAUCCUGAAGCUCCGACGCUCGCUGAAAUCGGUUUUGAUAAUCAUCCUAGGGUGUCUUUUGUAGACACAAAAGACUCUGCUCAGCGUUGUGCAGCUUUGCUGGCGCAAAUAUGA